AUGCGGAAUCCACUAUCCUUACACUCGGGUUUGGGUUCUCUCCUCUUCCUCAGCCUUGUUCCUGUUGCACUAUCACUACCUACCGGUCCCAAUUAUGGAUGGUCACCCUACGGCUUCCAGAGCCGAACCCCCAACCAGUGGCCACCGUCUAGCCUCCAGAGUGUCGUAACUCAACAAGGUCCGAAUGUCCCUCAACAUGGGUUGCCUCAACAGCAUUUGUCGUCCUUCGGGAACGCCCCACAACUCGCGCAAAAUCCUCCAGGAUUCAGUUCAACAUCUCGCAUUCUUCCUGACAACGAAUGGGGCCGUUUUGCCUUGGAUUCUGCAUUGCAAGGCCCUCCUCGAAGAGAAUCGCUAAUCCCUCCACCUCUUCCACCAUCUCAUGCCGGUUGGUACCCUUCAUCUUCCGAAGCGCGUGGAUUCCUCGAACCCGGACCGAGCUACAACCACGCGGUUGAGCUCAGACAAAAUGCAGGAGCUUUACAGAGACAGGAUGAACCUGAUGUUCCACCCCACGGUAGUGCAGCAACUGCAAUGCACAACCGAGUCUCCAAGAAGCGAGCUUCGAGCUCGCUCAAAAUCUACACAACCCCUGACGAAGUCAAUGAGUACGCCAAGAUUAUGCAAAAAAAAGUGCAGGAACCCAAAUCUCUCAAUAGCUUCCAUUACAGUGCCUCUCCGUUGAAAUAUGUGGCGCCCAUAGGAAAAGAUGUGGCGCCCAUAAAACAACAACGCCGCCCCACUCAAUUUCGGGAGGUCAAGAACCCUACAAUAUUCAACGAUAUCAACACAAAAAUAUUCGGCGGAAAACUAGAGAAAGUUGAUGUUUCAGAAUUGGAUCCUCGUAUUUGGACGGACGAGAAGAGGGCAGUCCAUCAGCCUAGCCGCGUACUCCCUUACGUUACCCUUAAGUCGCAAGGAUUGGAGGGAGGAGCAGAUGGUAUUGAUAAGGUCCGGAUGACCGUUCACAGGUUGAGGUUGCAAAGAAAGAAGGCAACGGGAAACAAACUGUCUGGUAAGACGCUCUACAACUUCUGGGGCUUUCUUGAACAUGAACAGUUAGACCUUCGAAAGACCGUCGUGCACUACGGCAUGGGCUAUGUAAAACCCACACACUUUGAAGCAGUGGACAAGCACAUAGAGGCGAUAACCCAGGAAGCCGUAGCUGCUGCGCACGUUCACUAG